AUGGCAACCAAAGAUAAUAACUCCUUCAAGGACAAUGACGAUCCUUUGGCGCCUCUGAUACAGUUUCAAUCGAAGGACCAUGAAGAGAUCCUCAAUGUCAUUGACCAAUUAAGGUCGGAAGGCAUCAGCCAAUAUGUCAGCCUUCCACAGCUGAUCGUGUGCGGUGACCAAUCAUCUGGCAAAAGCUCUGUGUUGGAGGCCAUCUCAGGCUUAUCAUUCCCAGCCAAGGACAACGUCUGCACUCGUUUUGCUACCGAGCUCAUUCUAAGGCGCUCCUCAGACGUGGGCGUCCGAGCCUCUAUCCAUGCUGAUGAAAAGCGCUCCCCGGCCGAACAAGACCGCAUCCGAGCGUUCAAGGCAUCAACCGUCGACCUUGGACAAUUUGCGAGCAUCGUGAGACAGGCUGAAAAACACAUCGGCAUCGGCCAAGAUGGCCAGCUUUUUUCCAAGGACGUCCUCCGCGUACAGGUUUCGGGCCCCAAACAGCCUCAUUUGACAUUGGUUGACCUCCCUGGUCUUUAUCAUGCGCCCGACGAGUUUCAGACCGCAGAAGGAGUCGACUUCGUGGAGUCAUUGGUCUUAUCCUACAUAGAGAACAAACGCAGUGUCAUUCUGGCAGUCAUCUCGGCGAAAAGUGAGAUUGCGUUACAGAAGGUCACCAAUUUCACUCGAAAAGUCGAUCCGCUCGGAAAUCGAACAAUGGGCAUAAUCACCAAACCAGACACCCUACCCGAGGAUUCUGAGAUGGAGAGAUCCUUCUAUGAUCUUGCAAUGAACACUCGGCUCACGUUCCGCCUCGGAUGGCACGUCCUCAAAAACCGGGAGCAUAAAGAACAACACUUUUCUCUCAAACAGCGAGAUGAAUCUGAGGCCGAAUUUCUGUCCAAGGGGAUAUGGGCCAAAAUGCCACGCUCGCUUGCUGGUAUCGAUUCCCUGAGACCGAGGCUGAGCAAUGUGCUCAAGGACCAUAUCAUAUCACAGCUACCAGGGCUCAUUGCUGAAGUUCAACAAUCAUGCAAAGACGCAGAGUCUGGUCUACAAAGGCUGGGAAAAGCGAGACAAACAUUGAACGAUCAACGCCGAUACCUCUUGGACAGCAGCGACCGUUUCACUGCCCUUCUUGACCACGGCAUAAAUGGAAUCUACUCCAGCUCCUUCUUCGGAGAUCCUAUGGAGGACGAAGGGUAUGAGAGGAGACUGCGCGCUGUGGUCCAGAACCGAUUAUCCAAUUUUGCAGAUUACGUGCAUGAAAUGGGAAUGCAACGAAGGAUAAUUGACGACGAGGAGACUAUCGAGCCCGGAGAAAACCAGAUCCACCGCUCUGACUUUGUCAGUGAAGUCCAACAGCGAAUGCGUCGAAGUCGAGGAAGAGAGUUGCCAGGGACAUACAACCCUCUUAUCAUAGGCGAUCUAUUCUAUCUUCAAACUAAGCCAUGGGAAGGGAUCGUGACCGAGUGCAUUGACGUCCUCCUUGGGGAUGUCCGAAAGGCCAUAAUGCCGAUGCUGGAGGAGGUUCUUGACGAAAAGAGCCUCAGAGGUCUUCUGGAAUACGUCAUCAAUCCUCGUCUUGAAACGAUUGAAGAAGCGGUACGCGUCAAGACGACGGAACUUCUCCAACCUCAGCAGUCAGGGCAUCCGGUCACCUACAAUCACUAUUUCACAGAAAGCGUCCAGCAAGCGCGCGAAGAGCACCUCCGCCGAUAUCUGAGGGACAGACUGAUGGAAUUCUUUGGGAAAGAAUACCCAGUUUUUGAAUCAGGGUUACAAAAAUACACCUUUAGUAUGGAUAAGUUGAUCGAUGCGCUCGGAACCCAGACAGAAGCGAACAUGGAACGCUUCGCGGCUUCCGAGGCAAUCGAUUGCAUGCUAGCUUACUACAAGGCGAGUACUUGCCGUGGCAGACUUGUUGCGCGAAAGAAAUUCGUGGACGAUUUCAGCGUCCUCGGUGUCGAAAAAUGUCUGUUGGAGCCACUGGCGGUCAUUUUCAGCCCACGGGUCGUCUCACUGCUGUCCGAUGAAACAGUCAAGGCAAUUGCCGAAGAAGAUGAGGGGUCGAGGGUCGAGCGCGAACGAUUGGAGCAGAGGGUGAGAACGCUCAACAGCGGUCUAAGUCAGCUUCGGCGCUUCGAUCGACACAAUAUAUCAGUGCAAAACUCAUCAGACGAGGACAGCCAUGAAAGGAGACAGGUGAUAACAGACACAGUCACAGAUGAUGGACAAGAAAGCGAGAUCGGUGGGAACGGGACCUUCGAGGAGAGUGGAAGCAAUCCCUCACCAAGUCCUGCUGGCCCAUCGGGACGCCAAGAUAAAAUCGAGGAAGUCCUGUAUUCUCCCGUGGAAGAACCCACUGAAGUUACGCCACCACGCAGGAAGAAGAAGAAACAUUCGCAGGCAGGGCUCUGGGAGGAAUCGUGA